AGCUGUUGUCUCAAAGCUUAGUAAGAGAAGGAAUAAAGAAACCUAGCACAGAAACAUAAACACCCACUGCCAUUUGCUAGUAUUAAACAAAGAGGAGAAAGAGAGAGAGAGAUAUCGGAAAAUCAAGAAAGAAAGAAACCCUCCAUUCAAGAAAGAAAGAGGGAGGAGUAGAAGAGAGAGUUUUAUUUUUCCCUUUCAUUGUGGUUUAAAUUUCUUGACAGAGAAUGGCUAAAUCGAUAACUUCUUGUUUCUUGAUGUGCGGUGCGAUGUUAAUGAUCCUGAUCUUGAUGAGUGGAACAUCCACCGUUGAAGCAAGUGGGGAUCACCACCAGCAAAGCCUAGGAUGGAUACCCAUCAGAUCAUCCUGCAAAGGGUCCAUAGCCGAGUGCUUGGCCAGUGACGACGGCGGAGAGGAGUUUGAGCUGGACUCAGAGAUCAGCAGGCGCAUUUUAGCAACAAGCAACUACAUCAGCUAUGGCGCACUGCAGAGGAACACUGUGCCUUGCUCUAGGCGUGGAGCCUCCUACUACAAUUGCCAAAAUGGGGCCCAAGCCAACCCCUAUACUCGCGGUUGCAGUACCAUUACAAGGUGCAGGAGUUAAGAUUUUAUUUUAUUUUUAAUUUUUUUGGUUUUACCAUUUUCAUUUGAAAGAUUUAUGAAGGAGAGGAGAGGAGAAGUUGGUGGUGAUUUACCUCUUGUUAUUGAUGAAAAUAUUGUUGCCAUAAAUUAUAUUUUAAUUUCUUUGUAAAAGAUUAUUGUGAUUAAUCUUAUUUUUUCAAUGGGUGUUUUGCUUUUAUA